GGCUAAAAUGUAUCCACUGCUGCACUCUGUCAAAGAUAGUACUUCCUUCACAAGGAUGCAUUCUUCUUCCUCACAAAUAUAAAACAUCACAAAAAAGUGAAAAAGAAAAAACAAUUAAAUGAAAUCUUCCUUCAAGUAAUCGCCGAUUCCAUUGACACUGCUGCUCUUAUUAUAGCACUAUACUGCCUAGUGUCUACACUCCACCCAAAACUUGGAAUAUUAACUUCUAUAUAAUCUUUCUACCAACUGGGCUAUUUGAAGCUCCAACCAUGACAAACAAAAUCUGGUUUUUUCUGUGCCUGCUUUUUAUCAAAUGCUAUCUGGCCAUGGGAAGGGGAAUUGUGGUGCAAGAGAAAUCAGAGGGUGCAAUCCCAGUGGCAACAUUGUCACCACCUGAAGGCAACACUACAUUCAUUGAUGGAACAACUUGGUGUGUGGCCCUUGCUGGUGUUUCCCAAGCUGACUUGCAGAGUGCUCUUGAUUGGGCCUGUGGACUUGGAAUGGCAGAUUGCAAAGCCAUCCAACAAGGUGGGCCAUGCUUUGAACCAGACACACUAGUUUCUCAUGCAUCCUUUGCUUUCAACACCUACUAUCAGACUAAUGGCAAUUCUGAUAUUGCAUGCAACUUUGGAGGAACUGCUGCUUUGACCAAACAUAACCCCAGUUAUGGAAAAUGUGUCUAUUCUACAUCUGGAUCUGUUGGUUCUUCUGCGCCACCUUCAUUAAGGAAGCAUAACCAAAGCCUAGUUUGGUCGAAACUUGCUGCUCUGUUACUGCUUUCAUACUUUUGGAUAUGACUAUGGUCGGGAAAACUAUGGACAAAAGAAAAAGGGAAUUAGAGGAAGGUAGGGAAUGUACCUUUGUUAGGAUUUUGUAAUUGUGUUUUUGUUGCUAAGGUAUCCUUAGCUUUCAUGUUGGGUCAUGACAAGAAUCUCUAAUUGUGCAAAUAAUUUCUUUCUGCAGUUUAAUUUGUGAAUUA